AUGUCGGAGACACGAAAGCAAUUGACGGUGAUGAUUGUAGGCGCCGGACUCGGAGGACUAACGUUGGCUUUGUUACUGGAGAAGAAGGCCAAAAUCGGCUAUCACGUUUACGAAAGGGCUGCCGAGGUCAAGCCUCUCGGGCUCACGAGUGAGUUCUACAUGAUAUCGAAGAUUCGGUACAUCACUGUUCACAAGGAGAAUGACAGCAUGCGUCCCAUGGGUCGAGUCUAUAUUGAGGAACAUAUCGAAAGGAUCAGUUAUACAAUGAGAGUGUGCACCCGUCCAGAAUUCUACAGCUCCCUACAAUGUACCUCAACCAACGGAUCGUCUCCAUCCACCAAGACGAAAACACUGGAGUUCGGAUCGGAGCCUCCAAAGGCCAGUCCUUCACGGGAGAUGUCCUCGUAG